UCUCCAGCAAUGGAAUUCUCCCCGAAAGACAUCGACGCCUUGCUGGACGAAGCCUCGGUCUACGCGCGGGUCGCGCAUCUCCGCUCCGGCGUCACACCCAGUCCUCAAGCUACCGCACGCAUUCACUCCGUCGCCGCCGAACUCCAGUGGAUCUUGUGCCGGCGUAAACACCUUGCCAACGACUCCAGACCGACGAGGCGCAUUGAGCACGCCUUGCGCAUGUGCCGCGCGGCCGUUGCACCCGUUCGACGCCUCCCUCGCGAGCUGCUGAUCAUCAUCUUCGAGCUGGCGUUGCCGACGAACUGGGAACAAGCGUACGUGACGGUGAUGCCCAACUUCGCGAGCGUCUGCCACUACUGGCGCGAGGUCGCCAUAGGCUACGGGCACUUCUGGGCCAACGUCGCCGUGCAUCAGACCUGUCCUGCAGAAGCGGUGGCGACUCGAAUUGACUGGUCAAGGAACGAGCUCCUCAAUGUCUCCCUCCGCCAUGGAGUCGGUUGCCCGCAAGGUGAGAAUGCCCGGUGGAACUCCAGUGCCCUGCACGCUCUAUUCUCCCAAUCGCAUCGCAUGCGCAGGUUCUCCGUACAUGCCGCCAUCUACUACGAAGACAUCAUCCGGGCGAUUGGACCCUGCUGGCCGACGGAGUUUCCUCAGCUGAAGGAGCUGGACUUGGCGGUCUUCGACAACCUGUCGGACAUCGUCGAGGACUUCAUUGGCAUCGCGCCGAAUGUUGUCAAGCUCGAACUUUUCUGUCACUACGUCCCUCGCUCUUUCGAAGUCAUUCCGGCGUGGGACCUUACUCACCUCGAACUGAACCUGCUGGAAAAUGGACAAUGCCUAGAAGAACUCAUCGGGGUCAUCGCGGUCUACGCGCCUACCUUGCAGUCCCUGGAGGUGUACGUGCUCGACGUCGGCGAGAUUGACGAGGAGUACGACACCAUCAUGUUCCCGCACCUUCGGACCCUCAAGCUGCACUACGACGCGUGCUAUCUGUGCCGACAUAUCGUCGCUCCCCAGAUCGCCAGCAUCAGACUUGAACGGCCAAACCCGGGCAUGUCAGGGGAGGACGGGAGCGAGCUGGCGGCUUUGCUCACCCUUCUCCAGCGUUCCGGGGGACCCGCCGGCGUCUGUCCUCUCGAGUCUCUUGAGCUCCUCGGCAUGACUCCUGCAGAACCACAGCUCGUGCUAGACUGCUUCGGUCUCGCUCCCAUGCUUACCUGCCUUGCAAUUCAAGACGGGGACGAGUGCUUGAAUCUCCUCGAGGACGGGGAUCUGGAGAAGCUCAUCAUCUCGCCGCAGUUGCUGCUGGCGAUGACGCGCUCGAGCGAGCCCGGCGACGCGCCGCAGAAUAAGCUGCUGCCGAGGCUCUCGAGUUUGAGCUUGCACCUGGAGUACAAAGACAAAGAGGUACAGACGCUCCUGCACGACAUGAUUGCUUCCAGGCAGGCGAUCUCCGACUCGGACGAUGUCCUGCAUGGCCGCGAAUCGAACGCGCGAAGGGCCCCCAACGACCCGCCACCUCCUGACUGCCGACCGACCAAGCAAACCAUCAACCUUCCACGGAAGCGACUUCGCGCCAUGUCCAGCACAGCGCGUAGCGUCCCUAUCCGCACCGCUGAGGGAGGCGGCCCUCAGCUGUGGACUACACCACUUGGUGGUACGCCAGAGAGCACUGCACAGCGGGGGAAGCCCCACAGGCCCCUCGCUGACUUACCGGUGACGGCGGUCACCCACAACCCCGAGGGGAAGGGGAGACCUGGCUUCUGGAGAAAAAUUGCUGGCCUCAUACCUCUCCUAUAUAUACCGCGACUUCUACAGCUCGCCAAGGCCACAGCAUCGUUCUUGAUUCCUGAUCCAACAUCGCAACAAUGUCUCAGGCUCACUUGGUCCCUGCCUUGGUACUUCUGCGCCAUUCGGGCUUGUCGAGAAGUAGAUAUGUCUGCGGCGUCUACGAUCGACCUCAUACGCACGGCGCUUAACCACGCGAAUGUCGCCCUCAUACGCUCUGGCACCAUCCCCAACGCUCAGGAGACCGCACAAAUUACCUCCCUUGCCGAUGCUCUACAGAAAGCUCGAGACCGACACCACUCUGCAGCUGAACCCUUCACGACCACGCAUCCUGAUGAUCCCAUACAACAAGAGCUCAUCGAACACGCUCUGCUGAUGUGCCGCGCCGCCGUAGCCCCCGUCCGCCGCCUGCCCCGCGAGCUCCUCUCGAUCAUCUUCGAGAUGGCGCUCCCCGACAACUGGCUCAUCUCCAGCGCACCAGAAACACUCAACUUUGCCAGCGUGUGCUUCUACUGGCGCGAGGUCGCCCUGGGCACGCCAAAGUUCUGGUCGCACAUAGUGAUGACUCUGUGCAGUCACGAAGGGCCUGUAAUCAACCGCCUGCGCUUAUCGGCAGACGAGCCGCUGGAUGUGUUCAUUGCGAGCGGCAGGCAUCUUUAUUUGGAUGUGGAGGACGAGGGGGAGGGGCCUACGAUCUCGAAUGCAGAGGCAGUGCAGGCGAUAUGCUCGCAGGCGCGGCGAUGGUCCUCGCUAUGGGUACCCAGCAUCGACGAAUCGAUGGACGCGCUGGCGCCCUACUGGCCGACAGAGUUUCCGGCGUUGAAAGCGCUGAAAAUGAGCUGCGAAAUGGACCCCGCGAAAUACAUCCGGUACUUCGACAAUGCGCCCAACGUCGUCGGAUUCUCCCUGAGCGCCAACGACUUAACGCCGGCGCCGAUCAUCCUCCCUGCGGCGUGGAAGCUAGUCAGUCUGGAUAUCAGCAUCGUCGACGAAGAGCGGUACUUGGAGGACAUUAUGGAGCCCAUCGCCGCGAGCGCGCCCUCCCUGAUCCGGCUCAUCGUCAAAAUCAGCGGCGUCGACGAGAUGGAGGGCUUUGACGAGCCCAUCGUUUUCCCCAACCUCCUCGAGCUCAAGCUCACAGACGGCGCGUGUUUCCUCUGCAAUCACAUCGUCGCCCCGAGCGUCCUCGUCAUCCGCCUGGAGGGCCCUGCGACGUGGAACGAGGGCGGCAUCGAGAUGGAAGCGCUGCUUCACCACCUGCAAAACACGACAGCCGCCUCAGCAAACCCUCUGCCUCUCAAAAUCCUCGAGCUCGUCAGCCUGAACCCAGCUCCCCCACAAGUAGUCGUGGACUGCCUGGAACUCACCCCCAACGUCUUCCGCCUCCUGAUCAACGAGAGGCGUCCUGACUGGCACGAUCAGCCGGUGUUCGCUGACGAGCACGAGCCACUCGUCUCACCGGGCCUGCUGGCCGCCAUGACGCGUUCCCCUGAUCUUGCCUCAUCCCGCGAUCGGCUGCUGCCCACCCUUCUGGCGGUUGAUCUCCGGCACGAAGAUCAGCUUGUGGAUGUAGAGGAGCUUAUGCGGGCUAUGCUACAGUCCAGAUUGGAAUACUACGAUCGCGCGAACAGGAUCUUUCCUCUAGACACUAAAUACAGAUGCCGCGAUGAUGCGGCUGCCUUCUUCGAUGUGAAUUUUGAGAACAUUGGCGCGACGCCAAUGAUCACGCUGCCGGCCGACGUCGAAGGCCUCCUUCAUGAAGCGUCCAAGCACGCGAACGAGGAGAUGACACGCUCUGGUACCAUUCCCAACCCCCAGAAGACGACACACAUACUCUCGAUCACCGAUGCCCUGAGCAAAGCUGCCAGGGACUUGGAAGUCACUAUGCCGGGCGCAAAAGACACUCACCAAGAGUCUGCGCACAUCCCCCGCAUAAAUCGAGCGCUAGAUGUCUGCCGUGCCGUGCUUGCGCCCGUGCGCCGCAUCCCCCGCGAACUGCUUAUCACUAUCUUCACCCUCGCACUACCCGAGUGGUGGUACAGCCGGAAUAUCGAGGACCAGCUCAACUUCUCGCAAGUAUGCUACUACUGGCGGGCAGUCGCGCUCGGAUACUCCGAGUUCUGGACGCACCUCGCGAUGACGAUCUCCACGCGCACAGCGCCCGUGGCCUCCCGUCUCGAGCGAGCUGGGGAAGAGCCGCUGCAUGUCUCCCUCUUCGGGCCUAUGGAGUUUUUGCGAGACGAGGGCAAGCCGAAGCGAGACCCGAAUCCGGAGGCAAUUGCGCUUGUGUUCUCGCAGCACCAUCGGUUCUUCAAGCUCGCACUCUACGACUUCGACAAGAUGGAGGACCUCGUCGCUCCACACUGGCCGCAGGAGUUCCCCGCGCUGAAGAUCGUGGAGCUCGACGUGGGUCGAGAGCACAGGAAGUGCCUGGAGUACUUCGAGAAUGUCGCCCACAACGUCAUCAGCUUCGAACUCAGAAUGGAGCGCACCUUCAGACCCGUGGUCCUCCCCUCCAACUGGAACCUCGUCAGCCUCGAGCUGUACCACAUCGACGACGAGACGACGCUGGACGUGCUGCUGGACGCCAUCGCGGCAUGCGCGCCCACGCUCUUCCGCCUCGUCGUCUCCGCCAUGGAGCUCGGCGACGUGGACGACGAGCGCGCGGUCGUCGAGUUUCCCGUCCUCCACGACGUCACGCUCGAGAACGCCGCCUACUACAUGCUGCAGUACACCACCGCGCCCCUCAUCGGCGCGCUCAAGCUAGAGGGGGGCAUGCACACCAUGGACGGCUCCGACUACAUCGACGUCCUUCUCGCCUUCCUCCAGCGCUCCGUGGUCCCACAUCCGCGCCUCAAAGUGACGCGCCUGCGCACGCUCGAGCUGGAGGGCAUGCCCGCCGCACCGGUCGAACAGCUCGUCGCCUGCCUCCAGCUGGCCCCCGCCCUCGCCCGCCUCGCGGUCGACGAGGCCGACUGGCGCGACGACGACGAGCGCUCGGUGACGCCCGAGCUGCUCGGCGCGCUCACCCGCUCGCCCUGGACCGACCUCGGAGCCCUCUCGCACUUCCUCCUCCCCGCGCUCACGCACCUCAAGAUCAAGUGCCGCCGGGAGGCGGACGAGGCGCUCACCACGGCGAUGCGCACGAUGGUUCUGUCGCGGAUGACGGACAACCCCAUGGACUUCCCCGCGCGGCUGCGGGGGCUGGAGACGGACAUACCGGUGGCGUACUGA